UUUCACAGAAAUGGAGUAGCUGAGUAAUCGUCUGACUGCCCCCCCCCCCCACCAACACCACUGAGACAUCGCACUCCAUUUCGACAGAAAACUAGGCAUCCUAUCAAGGGGGAAGGUUGGGAUGUUCAUAUCCCCAUAAUGAUGAUUAUCUAGGUUGGAAAUGUUAUCGGUGGGUAGAGAAGCAGAAAGGGCUAGUAGCAGUACGAAAGGUUUCAUACACGAUUGUAAAGAUAAGCAUCUUUGGUAAUAUCCGAAUCCAAUACUGUAUGUCUUAACUUCAAAUAGUAUCAGUUUUUAGUCUUUAUGAAAGGUACAGUACAUAUAGGUAAACAACUUGAGCUGAUCGCGACGCUAAUGUUCCAUAUGCAAACAGCAAAAUCGAUAUUCCUGGGAUAGUCAUCAUAGCUGUAUCAUAUCAGAAAAGGAAAAGCGUUGUAUUCGAGGUAUCAGAACAGUAAUAGUUUUACACUAUGAUAAAUGGCUGCCAAGUGACGGUAACUGUGAACUAACUGGAUGACAGGCAUCGUCGAAACAAAAGUCCAAGCGCCCACAAAAAAUAACCUCUGUUAUUUCCUGUGACAUUCAUUUUGAACGGAGGGAGGUGUCGCUGCAAAGCACGGCAAAGAAGUACAAGUUUCCACGUUGGGGUGAACACUCUUAUGGCGCUGGUGUUGAGCGACGUACUGGGUGUGGGGUUGCAGGUGCUGGAUUUUACUAUGAGCUAUAUGCCCACUUCUAUGCCAUAUGUGCCAUUCCCUGCACCGUCACCAACACAUCAGCCGUGCACGUAGAAUGAGCGUCAGCCCGCCCGCUGGUGGUAUUCCUUCUCCCAAUUCUGCACUUUUAGCCUCGGUGGAAAUGACUGAUGAUCCUGUCACCAAAGCCGUAAUGGAAAAUGUUUUAGGACGUUUGCCAACUAAAAAGCCCAGGACUACUGUAAAAUGUGAUGUCUGCAAUUUGGAAUUUGCUUCACAGACAGUUUUAGAUUCCCACGUGGCUGGCUACAAACACCAGCGUAAG